GAAGGGGAGGUCACGUAUGGCUGGAACUCGAACGUGCGCAUGGGGCAUUGGCGCAGCCCGACGACUCUGUUCAUGACUGAUGCGCUCCACUGGGACCGUAGCGUCAAGGUGCUCCACCACAAGGCCGCCGAGCUGCAGAGGCGCGGCGAUCUGCACGGCGCGCUCGACUUCUACAUGAGGUCGCUCGCCAUCUUCGACGAUCAGGCCAUCACGGACUACUGCAUCGCGCGCAUACUGAUCAACCUGGACCGCUUCAGCGAGGCGUACGCUCGCUUCCAGAAGAUCCCAGGGCGGCCACGGAAUUGGCUUCCACGACGGCAACGACUUCCUCUGGAUGACUGA